AUGACUGAAACAGUUGAAAAACAAAUAGUUACUCCUUAUAAUGUUAGUGGAUUAGUUGACUAUAAUAAACUUGUUAAAGAUUUUAAUGCAGAACUAUUAACACAAGAACAAAUUGCAAGAAUAGGAGCUAUUACACACAAAGAACCUCAUAUGUGGUUAAGAAGAGGAUUAUUCUUUUGUCAUAGAGAUAUUAACGCUGUUUUAGAUGAUGUUGAAAAAGGAAAUAAAAUAUAUUUAUAUACUGGAAGAGGACCUUCAAGUGAUGCUUUACAUCUAGGACAUUUAAUACCAUUUAUUUUUACAAAAUAUCUUCAAGAUGCAUUUGAUUGUCAAUUAGUAGUUCAGUUAACUGAUGAUGAAAAAUAUUUAUGGAAACCAGUAACUAUUGCGGAUACAGAGAAAUAUGCUAUUGAAAAUAUUAAAGAUAUUAUUGCAUCUGGUUUAAAUCCAAAGAAAACAUUUAUUUUUACUGAUUAUACAUAUAUGGAACGUAUGUAUCCAGUUGUAACUAAAAUUCAAUCAAGAGUAACUUUUAAUCAAGUUAAAGGAAUUUUUGGAUUUCAACCUCAUGAUAAUUUAGGUAAAAUUUCAUUCCCUGCUAUCCAGGCUGCACCUGCUUUCCCUGAAUCAUUCCCUCAUUUAUUUGGUAAACAAAAAAUAAGAUGCUUAAUUCCUUGUGCCAUAGAUCAAGAUCCUUACUUUAGAAUGACUAGAGACCAUGCAGAAUCUCUUGGUGCUUAUAAGCCUAGUUUAAUUAUGUCAAAAUUCUUCCCAGCUCUUCAAGGAUCAAUGGGAAAAAUGUCUGCUUCAGAUCCAAAUAGUGCAAUCUAUCUUAUUGAUACACCACAACAAAUUGCAGAUAAAAUCAAUAAUCAUGCUUAUUGUAGUGUUCAAGAUAUUGAAGAGUUUAAGAAAAAUGGAACUAAUGUUGAUGAUGAUGUUCCUUAUCAAUACCUUCGUUUCUUCUUAAAUGAUGACCAACAAUUAGAGAAAAUUAAAAAUGAUUAUGAAAGUGCUCAAAUGAUGCCACAAGAUGUUAAGAAUAUUUUAAUUCAUCAAUUACAAGAAUUAGUAAUGAAUCAUCAAAUAGAAAGACAAAAAGUGACAGAUGAAGUCAUUAAACAUUUCAUGGAAAUAAGAAAACCAGAAGUUCAAUAA